AUGUUUAACUACUCUUACGCCAUCGAUACUGCGAGUAUUGCAUCGAAUGAUGGCAACUUUCAGAAUAACCACAUAUUUUAUAUAAAUAACGUCUGUAUUAGCUGUACCCAGUCUAAUGGUCUAUUAGAUACUCACACAAUAGAAGUGCUCCGCAUCUUAACCAACUGCUUCAUGGUGAAUAUUAUAUGCGUCUUCGGCAUCGUUGGAAACUGCAUUAACAUUGCCGUUUUGUGCCAGCACGGAUUUCGUGAAACGACUAACAUUAUUCUUGUUUCCUUAUCCGUAUCUGACCUUUUAUACUGUUUGGUUGUACCCGUAACCAAAAUACGAUGUGUUAUUAUGUUUUUUAGUGAAGCCAUGUCUAUCACGGCGCACACGUUUGGCACGGUCUACUUGUUCAUGCCCAAAUUCGUUUGUCUGGCCAGCAGUUUUACUUACGUUUCCAUCAUUGCUGUGGAGCGCUUUUUUGCGGUGUUUUUCCCGUUCCGUGUCACGAAGAUCUUCAGCCGACAGACCAUGAAGGUUCUUGUUGUGUCAGUCCCGAUGUUCACUGCAACCUCACUUAUCCCAACAUUUUUCGCAUUAACGUACGAAUGGGUUCUAGACCCUAGAUAUAACAUUACUGUUGCCGCGAUGAGGUAUACAGAGUUUUAUGUAGCUUACCAGUCUUUCAUUGACCCUUACACUUGGGUUGGUCUCAGCAACGGAUUUUGUGCUUCAAGUUUACUCGUAGUAGUGAGCUGCUGUAUCGCUAUAGGGAUAAAACUCAUCCGAGCCGUGGUUAAGAGGCAAGAGAUGACUGGUAGAGCUGCAACUAAUGAUAAAGCAGUUAAAAUGUUGGUAACGGUUUGUGUUGUAUAUAUCGCCAUUGCUAUACCAAUAGUAACCCUGUACUCUUAUUAUCAACCCGCAUUCAUUUUCACAUCAACGUUGUACGAACUUGUAGAAAGCAUUGCAGUUCUUCUGAGUUGUAUCAACGCAUCUGCCAAUUUUGUCAUCUAUGUGACUAUGUCUGAGAAGUUUGCCAACACUUAUAGAAGACUGCUGUCUUGCUCCGGUGGAAUGUUUCGGCGCGGCAGCAAAGGUUACACAUCGAAUACUAUCUCACGUUAA